CAGCCGCUUGUUUUCUCUCUCCUGCCUCCUUCCUGCACCCCGGUUGAGGAAGUGAAUUCGCUGACAGGGUUGGGUUCUGUGAGGGAGGCGAACAGAAACAUCUCAUAUUCGGUGGGGACGAAAAAACAACAAUAGCGGAGAGGAGCGAUUUGUAAAAGCACAGCGAGGCUCAAGCGUAAAGUCAUCGGUGAAAUCGUAGCCGCCCCACUGAGAUCGCCACAGACCGCCGCAGACAUGAAUGACCAGCAGCUAGAUUGUGCCCUGGACCUGAUGAGGCGUCUGCCUCCCCAGCAGAUUGAGAAGAACCUCAGCGACCUCAUCGACCUGGUGCCCAGUCUGUGUGAGGAUCUCCUCUCCUCUGUGGACCAGCCCCUCAAGAUUGCCCGGGACAAGGUGGUGGGGAAAGACUACCUGCUCUGCGAUUACAACCGAGACGGCGACUCCUACAGAUCCCCAUGGAGUAAUAAGUAUGAACCUCCCAUUGAUGACGGCGCCAUGCCUUCAGCCCGCCUGAGGAAACUUGAGGUGGAAGCCAACAAUGCCUUUGACCAGUACAGAGACCUGUACUUUGAGGGUGGCGUGUCCUCUGUGUACCUUUGGGACUUGGAUCAUGGCUUUGCUGGGGUUAUCCUCAUCAAGAAGGCUGGUGAUGGAUCCAAGAAGAUCAAAGGGUGCUGGGACUCCAUCCAUGUGGUGGAGGUGCAGGAGAAGUCUAGUGGACGCACGGCUCACUACAAACUCACCUCCACUGUGAUGCUGUGGCUCCAGACAACCAAGACCGGCUCCGGUACCAUGAACCUCGGAGGCAGCCUUACAAGACAGAUGGAAAAAGAUGAGACAGUUGGAGAGUCCUCACCGCACAUCGCCAACAUCGGACGCCUUGUUGAAGACAUGGAGAACAAGAUUCGCUCCACGCUGAAUGAAAUCUACUUUGGGAAGACCAAGGACAUUGUCAAUGGCCUAAGGAGUGUUCAGACUCUGGCUGACAAGUCGAAGCAGGAGGCUCUGAAGAACGACCUGAUGGAGGCACUCAAACGCAAACAGCAAAGCUAGAGAUGCUAUUCUUUUUUUCUGUCUGUCUGUCUCUCUCUCUCUCUCUCUUUCUCUCUCUCACUCUCUCUCUCUCUCCGCCUCAUUUCUGCCAUCUUUUCUGUUUCUUUUUGUCUUUCCCUCCAUGCCUGUUUCUGUGCUGCACUCUCGUUCAUUCGUGGAAAACAAAAAAGGAGAAAAUGCUUAGCUUUUUAUUUGUUUUUUUUUUUUCCAUUUUGUUUUUGUCACAUUUGUUUUGAUGCAUCUCAUCCGCCAUGAAGCCAUUCACUCACGCUCCUCGUCUCUCUUUCACCCCUCUGGCUCUCGUGCUAUGAAUAAAAUUAUAGUAUUACGACGACGGUUAAAGAUAAUCUUACAGUGUGAGCAUCGUUUUAAUAAUAAUCCUUGAUGCUCUCACAGCUGAUGUGUCCUUGGUCAGUUUGAAAUGAACGACACUGGCCCUGCUCUCACCUACAGUGAACGGGGAACGGGGGCGGACACAGACUGUAACGUAGGUGGGGGCAGGCCUUUGGCGGGGCUAUCAGAUAGUCAUGUACAUCAAAUUUAUUUCUUGCUCCUAUUUUGUCAAACGUGUACGGCACCCUCUGAUAUAUCUGUAUAAAAAUCUAGCUGUCCAUGUAUCUGUCAUUCUUCUGAGGAUGAGAGAGGAUGGCCCUACGUUUGUGUUACUCAGUGGUUUACUCUUCAUUCCACUCUGUCCGCAUGCAUGUGAGCCUGUGGGAGCAUGGGGCUGCAGUCAGUGGAAAUGUAGACUCAUAAAACAUGGGGAUGGACUGUUAUAUUCACUGUGUAUACCCAUGUCAUCAAGCCCCCGCCCCACCCCCUUACACUGUGUAUAACAUGACAGUUUCCCUUCCCUCUGUUUGGCUAUUCGACUCUUAUCUCUCCUCACCUCUGUCCUUGUUGGGGGUCACACUUUGUCUCUGCGUCUCAGCGGAAACCUUUGACUGUUUCCGUUUUCGGAGGGGAAUCUUUUGUUGUAUUUUGUUUUGUUUUUAUUUUGUAAAGCUUAUUAUUCAUAUUGUAUUAGAGCCUCCAGCAACAAUAAAAACAGUAAAAAGCUA